AUGGAUAUCACCAAGUUUGUGGUCACGUCUAGGGAGAAGGCGCUGCUAUAUGGCGACUAUGCCACGUACCGCACCCAGCUGUCGGGCAAACUGCUAAACUGUCGAAAGAAGCUUAACAUUGCGACCAAGAACCGUGGGAAGUUCCAUCCCAAGACCGCAAUCACACCCGAACAGAUCGCCGAGAAUACCGAAUAUGUCCGUCUCCAGCUGUUGACCGCCGAAAGAGCCUGGGCGCAUGCCAUGGCUAUGAAAGCUGCCCACUCUGCGAAUACCAAGGGUAUGACGGGAAGGACCCGGUCGCACAUCGUUUCGAGAUUAGAAAAGGGUGCUCGAAUCGCCGAGAAACUGGCGCAGGCACUUUCUGACGGUGCCAGCGGCGCUUCUCCGACUGAUAUUCUCGAUGCCCGGGCUUAUGCUGCCCUACUGAGAGGCGCUGCCUUGUUUGAAAAGCAGAACUGGGGGGCCUGUCUCAAGAGCUAUGCUAUUUGCCGCAUUAUCUACACCGCACUAGCAACUUCAUCCAAGGGCGAUAUCUUCAAAGAGUUGCUGUCUGACACAAUCGACCCUUCGAUGCGCUUUGCCGCCUACCAAGCCAAGAUCCCGCGGACUCUCCCGAUCGCUACCAUCGCACACAGAGCAUUCGAACAGAGCGACGCCGAGCUUGUAGACAGCAUCAAGACUUUAAAUCCAGCUAUCUUGGAACAGGGAGACAUCAAGGAGAGGAAGGCUGCCGAGGGUGCUCCGACUACAUUAACUUGGCGGGGCAGGCAAGUAAAAAUCGAGGAUGCGGUCAUAUCAGCUGCUUGGGGUGCCGUGGACACAGUGAAGGAGCAGUUGGCUCAGAAACUUGCUUCAUCAAGUUCACUGCGCCCCAAGGAGAUGGCUGCCGCAUACGACGAUAUCCUAAUAGCCAGUCAGGAUGCAGUCGAUGCUACCAAGCAAGCUAUAGACGAGCUUAAAGCUGAGGGAGUUGCGCCAAGUGAUCCACGAAUGCAGAGCUUGCAAAUUACUCGGACUGCCGUCAACUAUGAAAUGAUCAGCUGGCGGAUAGGACGCAAUAGAGUGCUUGCUGGUGAGCGAGAUGGCGCCAAGCUGGAUCUUGGCGCAGGUUCCAAGCAAAAGAAAGGGCAGACAGAUGCAUCUUCAACAGAGAGACGCAAAUAUGAGACUCCUGGUCGACAGAUUGCCAGAUUGAAGGAGAAAGUCGUGCUCUACGACGGCAUAUUGCAGAAUGUUGAAUCUAUCAAGGAGCUUCCUGGCAUUGCAAACGACGAGGAACUCUCGGCGCGGCUAGAUGCCACCUCCAAAUAUUUCACUGCCCUCAAGUCACUUGCUAUUUCUCGAUCCCAUGCUAUCGCUGGUAACGCUGUCAAUGCUCUCGCGCUUAUUAAACACGGCUACAGUCUGUGCCACGCCGUCCUCCCCGUCCUCAACCAGCAGGCCCCUGAUGAGACCGAUGGUUUCUCCCCGCGCAACAUUGCCAUCACAAAGCAGGACCUUUCAUUCCUUCACGACACCAUGUCUGGUGAGUUGCACCGCGCCCGUGCACUGGUCGAAAUCUUCAGCAAGCUCCCCACCCCGCCGUAUGAGCCCUCAACAACCAGCCAGCAACCCCUGUCCGCUCGGCUAUCCGAGUAUCCCUCCACAGGGGAUGUGGACUUGUCCAACAUCGUCUCCUACCCUCCUCGUCUUGAGACCUUCCCUGUCAAGCCGUUAUUCCUGGAUGUGGCGUGGAAUUAUAUUGAAUAUCCCGAUAAGAGCCGGGCAGGACAGCAGGCAGAGAAGAAGCAGGUUUCCACGGAAGCUGAUCAACAGAAAGCGGCAGCGUCUGAGCCUGAACCUGCUCCAAAGCCGCAAAAACGGGGUUGGUUCAGCUUUGGAAGGUGA